AUGACCAAGGGUACCUCCUCCUUCGGUAAGCGUCACACCAAGACGCACACUCUCUGCCGUCGAUGCGGUAACCGUGCAUUCCACCGCCAACACAAGACCUGUGGUCAAUGUGGUUAUCCUUCUGCCAAGCUGAGGUCAUACGAGUGGGGACAAAAGGCCAAGAGGAGAAAGACUACGGUACUGGCCGCAUGCGCUACCUCAAGCAUGUCUCGAGGAGGUUCAAGAACGGGUUCCGAGAACAAACAUAGAGAGAACACCGUCGCGGUCAAGAAGACCAAGAAGACUGCAGAGGAAUGA